AUGUCAAAUCUGGAUUUCACAGAAUUGGAUCAAUGGUUGAAGGAUUUAAAUGCGCUACAGUCGGAUUUACAUCAAAUUCGUGUCAAUAAUCAAAAAGACAAUUAUAUCAAUCGAAAUCAUACUGAUAAUAAUAAUGAUGGUAAUAAUAAUAAUAACAAUAACAACAGGAAUACUGGAGUCAAUUAUUCAACCUAUAGACAUUCAUCACAUCAUGUAGGCGAUUCAAUUCAACCGAGAGGUGAUAUUAACUCAAUACAGAGAACAUGCGAAACUAUACAACGAAAUAAUACAUGUAAAACAAAUUUGUCGACACAAAGACAAUAUCAACAGCAACAACAACAAUCAAUUGAUAAUCAACCGAAGAAACCUCAAAGAAUUACAAAGCCUUCCAGUUCAUCUGAAUCACAUAUUCUUGGCAAUCGUCCUGUCAGCUUAGACAAUCAGUAUCAUAAUAAUAAAAUUUACUCAAAACGUGAUGACUAUGACAUUCAAUGGUCAAAUAAAGAUAAUAAAUAUUCACAAUCAGUAUUGUAUAAUCCUGCAUCACAUCAAUCACGUAAUCCCUUGAACAAUUCAGGGAAUAACAACAGCAAUAAUAAUAAUAAUGUGAAUUAUGGAAUAACAAAUUAUCCAGUUACUAAGUCUGAUUAUCAGUUACGUAAUCAUAUAACAAAAGAACAAAAAUCUGUUCAUUGGUCUGAAGAUUUAGAUAGCACAGAUUCCAGUAGAAAGACGGUGGUCAACUCUGUCAACAAUCUGAGCUACAAUAUUAAAGUUACUCCGAUUAGUCCCAGUAUUACCUCUACUUCUCCUCCUCCUUCGGCAGCUACUAAUGCCACUUUUGCUAGUGGCGGUACUACAAAUACUACUUCUACUACUACUACCACUACUACAACCAAUCCACCUAUCCUCCCGUCAAGUACUUCUAGCAGUUAUACUAAAAGUUAUAGACCAAGUCCACCUUUGAAUGAUACGAAUACAAUAAAUCUCAAAAGAAGAGAACCGCAACAACAACCGCCUACUUCUAAUCUAUUAAAUCCUUCAUCAACAACAAAAAAUAUCAAUGAUUUUCUUCGAAAAAGAUCAUCCUCACCAUCUAGCACUACAAAUCCAUAUAAUCCUAUAGCUAGAAGUCAAAGUUUAUACGCUUAUCUAUCUAAGCAAAAUGAAGUGAACAAUAAGCCAGUUAAACCUAACACUCAAUCUGUGAUCAAUACAAUUCCACCUCCAAAACCACCACAAGACAUUCAACCAAAACUACCGCCUAAACAGUCUACUACAAACACUAAUAAUAUUAGUUGUUAUUAUACAAGAGGAGACAAUGACACACUUAAUUAUUCCAACAUCCAACGAUCAAUAUCCUCAUCACUGUACGGAAUAGACAAUACACUGAAUACAAUCUCAAAUUCAUUAGCAACAUCCAAAGUAACUUCGACUAAUGCAAAGCCUACCUCACCAAGUCUUCAAAAAUCAGCAAAUCAGAUAAAAGCUGACAGGCCUACCAAUGACAAUAAUCAGUCGAAUGGACCUAAUCUUAGCUUACAAAUCUAUUUACCGGAUCGAACAAGUCGUUAUGCUUCUACAUGCCUUGGUGGAAAGAAUUCCUGUCUUACAGAUAGAACGUUGUCUUGA